CCACAGCCAGCAAGAGGGAGCACUAAUAACUGAAACCCAGAGGUUAUUGAUCUGGAGGUCACCUUGUUCCAGGACAGUGAUGGGGUCACAUGAUCUCCUGCAUCCACACCAUGGACGUCCUCCAUUCACAUUUUACUCUUUCCACAGGUUUCCAUGGCAUCAGAGGCACUUAUGAGUCAGACUGAGGGCAGUGUAACCAUUGAGGAUGUGACUGUGGACUUAUCCCAGGAGGAGUGGAAGCUUCUUGAUGAGACACAGAGACAACUGUACCGCAAUGUGAUGCUGGAGAACUUUACCCUUGUGGCCUCACUGGGACUUGUAUCUCCCCAGAUUCAUGUACUUGUCCAGCUGGAGCUGGGGGAAGAGGCCUGGGUGCCUGACAAGGCAGAUGUGACACCAGCCAGGGCAAGUAUGCCCUGGAAGGGAACUGGCUGUGGUUCUUUGUUUCGAGUGGAGAAUGAGGAGAUACCUUUUGAACAAGGGUCAAGGGUUGGGGCUCCAAAGGCCAGUCCAGCCACCCAGAAGACAUACCCUUGUGGGACGUGUGGCCCAGUCAUGAAACACAUUUUGGUGCUGGCUGAACAGCAGGGAAAGCAUCCUAAGCACAAAAUGCACACGUGUGGGGCAUGUGGCAGACAAUUCUGGCUCAGUGUAAGCAUCCCCCAGGACCAGCAGCAGCACAGUGGGAGGGAAGACCUCAAAGGGGAUGAGGACAGGACUUCCAGUGUUCAUAACUGCAGAGCCCACAUGCCAGGGAAUCCUUUCACAUAUGAGGAUGGUGGGGAAGAUCGCCUGCAGAGCACAUGCUUUCUGCCACAUCAGACCAAGGGGCAUUUCCCCAUAAGCAUUGAGUGCAGGAAGGCCUUUGACAUGGGAGAAGAACAUUACAGGUGCAUUGAAUUUGGAAAAGAUUUCAGCUAUACACACAAGCUUCCUGAACACCAGAGAAUUCACAUGGGAGACAGGCCUCAUGGAUGCAGUGAAUGUGGUAAAUCCUUCAACCGCAGACACAGGCUUGUUCAGCACCAGAAAAUCCACAGAAGAGAAAGGACUUAUAAAUGCACGGAAUGUGGGAAAUGUUUUCGACAAAGUUAUGGUCUUAUUCAGCAUCAGAGAGUUCACACUGGAGCAAAACCUUAUAAGUGCAGUGAAUGUGGGCAAUUUUUUAGCUGCAGAACCACGGUUGUCCGGCAUCAGAGAAUUCACACUGGAGAAAGGCCUUAUGAGUGUAGUGAAUGUGGAAGAUCCUUUAGACAAAGAUCUAGCCUUAUUGGACACCAGAGAAUUCACACUGGGGCAAAACCAUAUAAGUGUGGUGAAUGUGGGAAAUGCUUUAGCCGCAAAAUCACACUUGUUCGGCAUCAGAGAAUCCACACUGGAGAAAGACCAUAUAAGUGCACUGAAUGUGGGAAGUUCUUUAGCCAAAACUCUGGCCUUAUUUCACAUCAGAGAGUUCACACUGGUGAAAAACCAUUUGAGUGUGUUCAGUGUGGGAAAUGUUUUAGCCACCGAUCCAGCUUCAAUUUGCAUCAGAGAGUUCACACUGGAGAAAGGCCUUAUGAGUGCAGUGAAUGUGGGAAAUGCUUUACCCACAAGUCCAGUCUCCUUAAACAUCAAAGAAAUCACAUUGUAGGAAAGCCUUAAGCCAGUUUCUUUCCUUCCUUUGAUAGCAGAAAAUUCAUCCUGGAGAAAGGCCUUAGAGUGCAGGGAGCUUGCUGCCUAUUUGGUUGAUGAAAUGAGUGACUUCAUAGAAUCUCAUAGUGGCUUCUGUGAAAUAGCCAUCUGUCACAAAUUGAAUCUCACAUCUGGACAUCCACUUUAUAGAUAUUCCCUGAGUGCCAGUUAUGUAGGAAGCGUUCAGGAGCUGCAUUGCACUUUAUAUACUGCCCAAGGCCUUUGAAGUAUGUCAGUGCUUUACCUGUGCUGAAACCUCACCUCUGGCAUCUGGUGAGUAUGUGUCAGGUUACACAGUGUGCUCAAGGAAGGCAGGCCUCCACUGCUCCCUUUCUUCCCUGGAGGAAAACAUGAGUGAUGUGAAGCCAGUGGAGUCUACCGUAAUUACAUUCACACACUAGAUGAGUUAAGGACAGCAAAUUCUAGAGUAUACCCUCUAAAUGUGCUUCCAUGAAUGCUGUGAGUGGUCAGCGUACAUGGAUAUUCUCAGGACUUGUAUAUUUUGUUUGUCCUGUGGACAUGGUCACUGGCUGAGCAAAUAUUCUGUUUUUUGGGCUGCUGAGGCUACUCAGCUUGUUCACGAGAAGGCCUUAGCUCCAUGGGCCAGAAAGUGGAGACAGAAAAGACAGACUAUAAUGCAGGUUUGUGAGUAGGGACUCACUAACAGCCUUUUGCUCACUAGUCUUUGCUUCUGUUGAAGAAGGGCUGGCCCUUCCAAAGGGUGAAAGUAAGUAUUGUGGAAUCAGUGUUUGCCAAAUCUGUUUUUGCAGAGAGUUGACAUCCAGUUUUUUUUGUAAAACUAUUAUAAAGUUCUGUAGAGAUAUUCAUGUGCAAUGUAUUGUGCAUAAAGUGUGGAACAUGACAAGCUCAAUGUAUACAGUCAUGAACACCACCGUCAUCAUGAGUGUAUUCAUCCCCUAAGGGUCCCUCAUUCCCCUUUAUAAUUCAUUCUUCUGCCUUCUCCCCUCAGUCUCCUUUCCUGUAACCACUGAUUUACUGUCUUCCAGUGUAGAUUUGUUUUCCUUUUCUAGAGUUUAUGUAAAUGAAGUAACAUGUCUUUUUUACUUAUUUUCAUGGAAGCAUAAUGAGAUUUUUUUUCGUGUUAAUUGUAAGGAUACUUGUUUUCUUAUAGGCUAGUAUUUAUUCUCUUUAUGGACAGUCUUUAUAUUAUAAUGGACAUUUGGAAUACUUCCAGUUUGGGGUCAGUACAAAUAAAGCUGAUGUGAACACUCAUAGUUCAUGUACUAGUUUUUCUCUUGGGUUAAUUCCUAGAAGUCAAAGGCCUGAGUGUCUAAUUUUUACUUUUGGAAGUGACUGAGUGAUGACACAGACACAAUGCCAUUGAAAGAAGAAUUUAGUAUUUCUAUUUCCCAAGAGGAGGGGCCACACCAUGUCACACAGGGCCACAUGGAGAGCACCAGUUUUGGUCAGGAGGCAGAAAGUAGCAAGUUUAAGGGA